GUUGAGUUAGUUAAUGGGGUUCCUACACUUGUGCUGCUUAUUGUUUCUAAAGAGAUCUAACACCCCUUCUUUGACCUAGUAUGUUAUGUUUCCCAUCCCUUUUUGCUCUAUACAUCAUGCACAUUCUCCUUAAAGCAAAAAAAGCUUUUGCCCCUCUUCGAUACAGAUUCCUAAUAAUCAUAUAGUUUUUAAUUUCCCCCUAUGGUGGAUCUCAUAUCAUCUGCUAGAUGAUGAAAAACAAUGUGUGAUGGACAAUAAAGAAAAGCAAGUAGUUGUAUAGUGAGGGGGGAAAAGAAGGGAAAGAAUGUUACACAGAGCAGCAAGAAAUGCAUAUUCAUGGUGGUGGGCUAGUCAUAUUAGAACAAAGCAGUCAAAAUGGCUGGAUCAAAACCUCCAAGAUAUGGAGGAGAAGGUUGAGUACGUACUCAAAAUCAUAGACGAGGAUGGAGAAUCCUUUGCAAGUCGGGCAGAGAUGUAUUACAGAAGAAGGCCUGAGCUUUUGAACUUGGUAGAAGAUUUUUUCCGGAGUUACAGAGCUUUGGCAGAGAGAUUUGAUCAUUUAUCCAAAGAUCUUCAGAAUGCUAAUCGAACCAUUGCUACUGUUUACCCCGAGAGAGUUCAACUAUCGAUGGAGGAUGAAGAUGGAGAACAUUUUCUUGCUGCAAUAGAACCUCCUAGUGAAUCUAAUGAGCCUCCCAAAAGCUUACCAGCCGCACCAAAGUUAAGUGUCCCAAAAGUUCCUUCCUUUGCCAAACGAAACGCCAAACCUUCAAGAUUAAUGUCAAAGAAGGGACUGAUCAAAUUCAAUGUUGACGAUGCAACUACUGCUGCUCGUCCAAGUUCAGGUCUGAAAAAGUUCGAUGCGCUCCAGGAAAUCGAUAGGCUUCAGAAGGAGAUUUUGGGACUUCAGACUGAGAAAGAGUUCAUUAAGAGCUCAUAUGAAAACGGGUUAGCAAGGUAUUGGGAAAUUGAAGAGCAUGUCACCGAGAUGCAAACAAAAGUUAGCAGCUUGCAAGAUGAGUUUGGCAUUGGCACGAUGAUUGAGGAUGACGAAGCUCGGACAUUGAUGACUGCCACAGCUCUGAACUCUUGCCAAGAGACCUUGGCUCGGUUGCAGGAAAAACAGAAGCAAUCAGUGGAAGAUGUCAUUGCUGAGCAUCAAAAAAUUUUAGAGGUCCUCGGAAAAUUUGAGACUCUAAAGGGAAAAUUUGUCAGUCAUCUGCCACAUCCACAAGUCCUCUCUGAAGUAAAUAAGUCUUUUAAUCCAGAUUCGGAAUUGAAGAAGUUGAACCGACAAGUCGAAACUUCUGAAACAGAGAAGCAUAAUCCAGAGAAAGUGCAUUCGAAAGUUAAGGAGUUGCAAGCUAAUUCUGCCACUUCUUCCAUGUCUGAUUUGGCAGAGAAGGUUGAUGAACUUGUUGAUAAAGUCAUAUAUUUGGAAAGCGCACUCUCUUCCCAGAAUGCUUAUGUAAAUAGAUUAAGAGCAGAGACAAAUGAACUUUAUUCACAUCUGACCAAAGCGGAAGAGGAGAAGGGGAGUUUGGUCGAAGAUUCAGAGAGCAUGAGCAAGAGGAUAAGACAACUGGAGGAAGAACUUCUCAGAGUUCAAAAUCUCAAACACCACCAACCUCAUCUUACUGAAGCAAGUUGCAGUUUUGAUGAUCUCUCUGAGAAAUUGCUCAAUAAGAAGCAAGAUGAAGAUGUCAAAGAUACUUUGCAAUCCAAUAAAGUAAUCGGCGUUUCGGCUGUCGAUAAGGCAAAGCAGUUUCAAGCUCACGAAGCAGUCAUUCCUGGAGCAAAUGUUCUGGGGAGCUCCAUAGGUACAAGCACUAAGGAUUGUCUAAAGAAAGAAGUCUUGCAAGAACAGGAGGGUUGUCUUGACAUUGACCAGCAAAACCUUGUUGAAAGCCACUUGAGCAACGAUGCUCGAGAUGGACAGACGGGUGUGGCUUUAGAAGCUAACCAGGGUGUUUCAGGUGUCUAUAAGGCAAAGCAGUUUCAGGUUCAUGAAACGAUCAUUGCAGAAAGAAAUGUGCUAAGUAUCUCCAAAGGUGUUAGUACUAACGAUGGUCUGAAGAAAGAAGGCUUGCAACAACCGGAAGGUUGUCUUGAAGAUGUCCAGCAAAACUAUGCGGAAAGCCACUCGAGCAACGAUCCUCGAGAUGGAAAGUGGGUUGGCACUUUAGAAGCUAACCACGGAGUUUCAGGUGUCGAUAAGGCAAAGCAGUUUCAGGUUCAUGAAGCAGUCAUUCCGGGAGCAAAUGUUGUAGGUAUCUCCAAAGGUGUUAGUACUAAUGACGGUCUAAAAAAAGAAGGCUUGCAAGAACAGGAGCGUUGUCUUGAAAUUGACCACCAAAACUAUGCGGAAAGCCACUCGAGCAACGAUACUCAAGAUGGAAAGAGGGUUGGCACUUUAGAAGCUAACCACAGAGCUUCAGGUGUUGAUAAGGCAAAGCAGUUACAAGUUCAUGAAGCAGUCAUUCUUGGAGCAAAUGUUCAAGGUAUCUCCAAAUGCGCAAGUAGUAAAGAGGGUAUGAAGAAAGAAGUCUUGCAAGAACAGGAGUGUUGUCUUGAAAUUGACCGGCAAAACUGUACUGAAAGCCACUCACGCAAUGAUACUCAAGAGGGACAGACGGCUGGCACUUCAGAAGCUAACCAGGGCAUUUCAGGUGUCGAUAAGGCAAAGCAGUUUCAGGUUCAUGAAGCCAUCACUCCUGGAGCAACUGUUCAAGGUAUCUCCAAAGGUGUAAAUAGUAAGGGAGGUCUGAAGAAAGAAGUCUUGCAACAACCGGCAGGUUGUCUUGAUGACCACCAAAACCACGUUGGAAGCCACUUGAGCAACGAUCCUCGAGAUGGACGGACGUGUGGCACUUUAGAAGCUAACCAGGGAUCAGGGUUGACAGACAAAGAGACCACUACUACCCCUCGUCUGGUGGCAUCACAAGGUGUACGUGUGAGGGAGAAAUUGAAGACAGACAUAUGUGCAGAUCAAGAUCAUUCUGGAAAAGCUGAAUAUACUAUGUACGCCGACUCCAAAGUCGGUAAUGCCUAUAAUAGUUUUCAGUCUGAAGAAGCUGCUGCCAAUCAACAAAACUAUUAUAAAGGAACUGAGUAUGUCAAAUCUCAUGGUUAUGACGUAAUGAUUUCAAAACAAAUGAGAGCUGGAGAGGAAGCAAAGAAACAAGAUAACCUCAUCCCAUUUGAAGGUAAAGAAGAAAAGUUUCCAAAAGCCAAUCAUCAUGACCAAGACAAUUUUACCAAAAAUGGCCCUUUAGAGGAAGCAGCAGAUGUUGGGAUAGAAAAAGGUUUUGACAGAAGUCAACACGGGCAUGUCGAGCAAAGGUGGACAAAUGAUAUUGCUAACAGAAGUGACGAUUUUCCCGGUUCUGCUCCUGUUAAUCAGAAGGAUUCCAAAGAAAGUGAAUGCAUCACAUCUCCUGGUUGUGAUGCAAUGAUCUCAAAGCAAAUCAGAAUGGGAGAGGAAGCAAAGAAACAGGAUAUUUGGCAUAACCUCAUCAAAGGUAAAGCAGAAAAGCUGUCCAUAUCCGACCUUCAGUAUGAUCAUGACGAUUUAACAAAAACUGGUACUGCAAAGGAUGCAGAAGAAGUUGAGAUAGAAAAAGGAUUUGACAAAAGUCAAGACGUGCAUGUUACAGACCAUGGCUCAGCCACCAGGAAAAAUGUCGGGAAGGUCGAGCAAACAGGCACAAAGAAUCUUGCAGACAGAAGGGACGUUUUUCCCAGUUCUAUCAAAGAUAAAGAAGAAAAGCUUUAUAAAACCAACCAUCAGAAUCACCUGAAUGAUAUUUUCCAAGACGCACCAUCAACGGAUUCUCCAGAUGUCAAUAUGGAGAGAGGAUUUGUUGGCAGUGAAAGCUUUCAUAUUUCAAAUGAUGACUUGGCCACAAAACGACAUGUGAAUAAGGAAAAGCAAGCUAGGGCAAAAGAUGCUGCAGACAAGCGUGAUCAUUUGAACAUUUCUGUUGAAGGUAAAGAAGAAAAGCUUUACAAAACCAACCACCAAAAUUAUACAACGGAUUGUUCCCAAAAUUCUCUAUUGAGGGAUUCUCCAGAGGUUAAGAUGGAAAUGAGGUUUGGUGAAAGCGAUCAACAUGUUUCAGAUGAUGAAUCCGCAAUCAGAAGAGAUACGAGAAUGGAAGAGCAAGCUGACGCCACAGCUAUUGCAGAGAAGAGUGAUCGUUUGCACAUUCCCCCGGAAGGUAAAGAAGAAAAUAUUCAGAAAUCCAACCACCCGAAUUACCAGUAUGAUCUCCCUAUAAGGAAUGCUGCCGACAUCAAGAUGGAGAAGGAAUUUCGUGAAAGGGAACACAUAAAUAUUUCAGAUGAUUUCUCAGCUAUCAGAGAAGAGAAAACAGACGACCUAGCAGUGAGGGACGAUCCACAUGCAGAGAUGGAGGAAUCCGACAAAAGUCAGUCUUUGCGUUCAUCCAAUGAUUCAGCUAUCUCAAAAGAUGUUAGAGUUGAACAGCAAGCAAGCAGAAUAAACAUUGCAGACAAGAGUGCUUCUUCUACAAGCGAAGAGGGGAAAAUCUCUUCCGACCAAGGAAGUUAUUUCAAUGAUCUAUUGCAGGCUAGUCCAUCUGGAGCUACUCAAGAUGACAUUUCAGGAAGGGGAUUCAAGGAAGAUGUUCAUACAACGAAUCCUCCUCGUCAUGAUUCAAUUUUCUUUAAAGACACGGAGAUACAACUUCAGAAGCUGGAAUAUGAUCCUUCCAAUUCAGAGAAUUACCUUGAUAACAUCCAGGUGAAAGGUCAAGGAAGCACUCUUCGGAAGUCCACUCCAGAAAAAUCAGACCAAGAUGAAGGUACAGGCGCAUCCAUUAGUGGCUCAGGGACCUCAAUCGCUAUGAACGACAAAGGUAGAGAGAAGGUAGGUGAUGAUCAUGAUGUCAAUGUAGCGGUUGGAUCUGCCACAGAAAGCUUCUCCAAAUUGAAUGAAAGCAAGCAAUCAGAUAAUUCUUUAAGAAAAAUGGAAUUCCGGAACAAUAUCAAGUCAGAGGAGCAAAAUAAUGAUUUCAUUCAAGUAAAAACAGAUGGCGACUUUCCACAAUCCAAUUGGCAUAACCAACUUGAAAAACAUUCAGCAAAGGUCCAAGUGAGAGAGAUUCCAAGCACUGGCCCUGAUAACGAGCUAGAAGAAUGGGAAAGUAUUUUAGAUAAUCUUCCAUCCGUCUUAAAAGAUAGUAAGAGAGAAGACCUACACAAGGAUGAAUUCCCAGAUCAAGCUGUUGCAGGGAAUCAAGAGUUCAGAACAGUUCACAAUGGGCUCUACAUGGAACAAGAUGAAUCGGGAUUAGAGGAUGACCAACCAAACUGGAGAGAACUGUUCCUAAACAGCCUGGAUGACAGAGAGAAGAUACUACUUGAGGAGUACACAUCAGUUCUUAGAAAUUUCAAGGGUGUGAAGAAGAAACUCAAUGAUGCGGAGAAGAAAAGGAGAGCGAGCCACUUCCAAUAUGUUGUGCAGAUGAAAGUUCUAAAGAAUGCUAAUGCCUUGAAGGAUGCACAGAUUCUGUCCUUACAGCACAGAUUGAACUUGCUUCAGUCAAACGAUGCUGAAACAGAAUUUUUGGGUAAAGCACUCUCACAUUCCACUGACAUGAGACCGGAAGAAACUGCACCAGAAGAGACAAGAAUCUUAGAUAUUGGGGAGGAUGACGGAGAUAUCAAAGUUACUGAUGUUGAUGAAACACACUCCUUCACCACUGUUGAGGAGAAAGUACGGAUGGAUAUUGAUGAUUUGCUGGAGGAAAACAUAGAGUUGUGGCUCAGAUUUAGCACCUCAUUCCAUCAACUACAUAAGUUCCAAACUUCAGUUCAGGAUCUACAAGCUGAAAUAAAGAAAGUGAAGGAAGAAUGCAAUCAAGAUACAGUUCAACCACAGUCGCUACUCUCAGGCAUCCGACCAAUCUAUAGACAUCUAAGAGAGAUACAAACUGAGUUGACAUUGUGGUUGGACCAUAAUGCAAUGCUGAAAGAUGACUUACAGCACAGGUUAUCAUCUCUAUCUAAUAUUCUCGAUGUGAUAACAAGAUUGUCAAAGUCAGGGUCUAAAGAGAAUGAUACAGUGCUGAAUGCCUAUCAAGCAGCAAAAUUUCAAGGUGAGAUUUUAAACAUGAAGCAGGAGAACAAUAAGCUAGCAGGUGAACUCGAAGUAGCCAUUGAAUGUAUACGGAAACUCCAAGAUGAGAUCCGGAGCACAUUGUCAAACCUGGACGAAGAACUUGGGCUGAAAAACCAACAAGCAAGGCCUCGAUCUAGAAUUCCCCUGAGGUCCUUCUUGUUUGGAGUGAAGUUGAAGAAUAAGAGGCCAUCCAUAUUUUCCUGUGUAAAUCCAGCAUUGCAGAAACAGUACAGCGAUUUAACAGCAGUACCAAAAUAGAUGACUUUUUAGCAGCAGUAGCCAAAUAGAUGUCUCUUGUUUCCCCUUCUUUUUUCUCCCCUUUAACUCUCUUGUAGUCAAUUUUUAAUAUUUGAAAAUUUAUUGAAGGGAAAGAGGUG